AGGGAAUCAGGUGGUGGAGAGGAGGAGAGAGAGCAGUGCCCUCUGGCACCUGUUUCCAAGCAAUGACCUCAAAGGCCAAGAAACGGGUGGUACUUCCCACACGCCCUGAGCCCCCCAACACAGAACAGAUUCUUGAAGAUGUCCAGCGUACCCAGCCCAACGACCCCGUUUUUGUCCUCCUGGUGGAGCCCAAUGAAGAUCUGCCCACCCCAACGAAGAAUGAAGAUCCAGAGGCCAAGAGGGAACGCCUCUACCGGCUGACCCAGUCCUACGUGGAGAUGAACCACCGCCUCCAGAAGGCCUGCAGUCUGCUCAAGGAGAAGUGCGAGGAGCUGAAACUUGCCGGAGCCACCCUGGAGCAGGGCAUUUUAGAGAUGAAGCAGAGGGCUUUGUGAGAUACUUUUUUGGGGGGCGGGAAGUAACCACAGUCGAGUUUGACCCACGUUCCCCCACCUCCCCACCCACCCCCCUGACCCCUUGCAGGAUCCAUGCCGUGCUUGGGGGGGAAAAAAACUAAGGACUCGCCAUUGUGAUGUGAUUUCAGCAUGCCUACGCUACACAUCCUCAACACUGUCUGUGUUUUCGGUUCCGUGAAUUGUUGUCCAAGCCAACCGCCCGCUCCAAAGCCUCUUGAGGGGCCCGGAUCUCUUCGCUGUGCUCACGCUGAGAUUGCCCAGUUGUGCAGUUAGCGUUGUUUUUCUUGUUUUGGCCCUAGGUUCAUUGUCGCUCUUAGUUCUCCGCAGCUUCAUUGGCCUCGUUCUGUUUCCUUCACACAGACGGUCAGAACAAAACCACCUCUCUUUGGGGAAAGCUGACCGGAAGUUUCCACAGAGUUCACACACACACACACACACAGAUAGGUGGGACAAGUGGGCUUUGUGGGAGGGGUGGGGUGGGUGGGGUGAGAGACCACCACUUGCCCCAAGGGGCAGUUCCCCCCCAUAAGUUUUUUUUUUAUGCCAUGACAUCUCCUUCGUUCCAAUACGAUUUCUCCCUCUGGUACUGCCUGGAAGACGAUGCCAUUGCCACCGCUAUCCGCGAGAUGCUGGUCGCCUGCGGUUUCCAUGGCUAUGUUGAACAUCAGGACCACGUGGCGGGAAGCCGGUGUUGGCCUCCGUGAACGAGAUCAUCCAAAGCAGCGACUGGCCAUCGUCCUCUUGACCUCCCAUUCAAUGACUGACCUUUGGUGCCAGCGCAUUUUGGAAUGGAACCUGGUCCACACCGUACACCAGAAGGGAGUGAAGGUCAUCCCGGUUUACGUGGACAUCACUCCGGAACAAGUGCCUCCCACUUUGAGACACUGACCGGACUCAGAUACAGCGAGAGAUACUUUAGGAAGCGGCUGCUCGACAGCUUGAAGAAGGCCAGAGCAUCCUGCUGUGCCAGCACCACACGCUGAAUACCACCAUUGGGCUUCUGAUGGACUUGAGAAGUAGACUUGGGAGGGGGUGGUCGGGCGGGGAGGGGAGAUGCCGAGGCAGCUUGGUCAUUCCAUUUGGACCAUUCACCAGAAGUGUUUCCGAUUCAUUUUGGUGUUUGACAUAGGCCCCCAUUGUGUUGUGGGUGAUAACGUAAAAAUGGAACCCCGUAGUUGUAGUAGUAGCACCUAGAGCUGAUGUGUAAGAAGGCCUUUAAAAACAAACCUUUAACUGUUUGGGAAGAGAGGCAGGGAAGGGGAGGGGGCUCGUGUUCGUUGUUUGUCUGCUACUAAAGGGGUGAGGGUCGGUAUAGAAAGCCAAGCCAGGUCCCCAAGACUGCUGGUUGUGAUACUUGACUUAAUUAAGGAGCUCUUAUUAAAAGCAGUUUUUGGACAA